UCAUCGGCUUGUAAAACAUUUCACAUGUCUUACUGACCGAGGAUUGAUGAAAAGUUGAAGAGAUAUACACCUGGAAAACUUUUAAGUUACGAUAGUAUUAAAUUGUAUUUUAGUUUUUCCUUUCCUUUUUUUGUCAAUAUUGUGAACUCUUGAUUGCUAUAGUGUACUUGUAUUCGUGCCAAUGUGAGAGAGGGGAUCGCAAUGACGAACCAGCAAAACAAGGAUUUAUUUGAUAUGUUAUAGAACCUAUACGCUUAUUGCUUAGUAGUCUUGUUUGAAGUCGAGACGCGAUUCAGAAGGGGAAAAAGUAAGCAUGAACUGAGCAAUGUUGCAAAAACAACUUCAACAACGGUAAAGACACGCGUAAAGAAAAUUUAUUAACAUUCGAAUCGGAAGAUAGUAUUCGACAAAUUGUAUAAAGAAUUUAUUCAAACGGUGCAAAUAUUCUUAUAAAAAUACAAAUAUGUGAAAACUGUUAUUUAUUUGGAAAGACGUAAUACAAUUUGAAUGAAGCAAAGCUUUUACAUCCAGUGUAACAGUUUUACAAUUUGGAAAGAUAAAUGAAAGUGGACUUCGUAAAUAAUAAAAUGCAAUUCUACCUGUUUUCUACAGUAUUUAUAUUUCUGUAUGUGCUUCGGAUAACUUUGAGUCGUGAUGCACCAAUCGUCACAAUACCAGUUCAAGGCCAAAUAUCGGGUUUCUAUUCAAAAAUGUUUCGAACACAAACUAUUGUUGGAUAUCUAGGAAUUCCAUAUGCACAGCCCCCACUUGAAGAUAGACGAUUUGCACCACCGUCUCAAGAUCCACUUCCAUCAUGGCCAGGAAUUCGUAAUGGAAGCAUUCCACCAAUGCAGUGCUGGUCAGAUUUCCGCAAACCAAUCAAGAAUCACGAUGAAAUUUUCUUUAAAAUUCUGGGCAUCGAUCCCAGACUUUCAAACAUAACACAGUUCAGUGAAGACUGCCUAUUCCUGAAUAUUUUCCUGCCGGAUGAACCCCCACCAAAAGAUGGUUAUGCGGUGAUUGCAGUGAUUCCUGGAUCCGGAGAUUUCAGUAGUGGCAGUUCGUCUGAAAUAAAUCCAUUUCAGCUAGUUUUUAAACAAAAAGUCAUAGUCGUCACUAUAGCCUUUCGCCUUGGAGCUUUCGGAUUUUUCACCACUAACGAUGGGGAAGCACCUGGAAAUUAUGGACUAAUGGAUCAAUCAAUCGCUUUACUAUGGAUAAGUAGAUAUAUACAUCUAUUCAAUGGAAAUCCAAAAUCAGUGACAUUAAUGGGGCAUGGGGUAUCUGGGGCAGUCUCAGCUUCAUUGCAUUUAACAUCAGGUGAAUGGUCUGAAGGUCUCUUCCAUAGAGCGAUUAUAAUGUCGAGUUCUUCACCUUCAACAUGGGUUCGCGAUCCAAGGUCAUAUAAAAAUUCAGCAAUUCAAGUUGCUGACAUGUUUGCAUGUGAACAUCAAACGGCUAAUAUGCUACGCUGCUUGCGACGUGUCGAUGCAACCGUUUUCAUGGAAAAUAAUCCAGUUCCCGAUUGGACACCGGUAAUUGAUAAUGGUUUAAGCAAUACCACAACUCCGUUUGUUCCUGAAGAUCCGAAGAUGUUAUUUGAAAGGCACAAUUUAGUACAAAAACUACCUGUUAUGAUUGGAUUUACCGACAUGGAAGACGUUUUAGAUAUCUCGAUGCGUGAAAUGCUUGAUAAUGGACUAUCGAGCGAAAUGUACACGACACUCAUUAGUGAUGCUAUACUCAAUGAUAUUUCACAGCUCGAAGCAAACAAUGAAACGGCGUGUGGAGAAAAUGGAGGUGCUGGUACGAAUCACCAACCAAUUUUGAAUGCUGUUGAAUUUGCUUACAAACCAUAUUUUAGCGGUUCUAAUGAAGAACUGCGAAAAAAAUAUAUCGACUUUUAUGUUGAAAGAUCAUAUUUAGCACCAUCUUUUUUUAUAGCUAAAGCUCUCAGUAGAAAUUCCGAAGUUUUUAUGUAUCGUUUCGAUACCAAACCAAAGACACAGAUUAUUCUCGAUAUGCUUCCAGUGUGGUCAGGUGUACCACAUCGACUUGAUCAGAUUUUUGUUUGGGGAAUGCCAUACUGGGUCACCUUGGAUAAUCAAACACAAUGGUCAGCGGAAGACAAGCGCUUAUCAGAUAUUAUCAUGACGAUGUGGGCAAACUUUGCGAAGUUUUCAAAUCCAACUGAAAUUGGAGUUUACAUUCGGUGGGCUAAUUUUACAGAAACAGAUCCAGGUGUACUUAUUAUUGAUCGAUCUUUCAACAUGAGCAACACGAACACCCUCAACUACCAAGGUGUACAGUUCUGGAAUGAUUAUUACCCUAAAGUGAUCAAUUUUGCUACUCAAUGCUGCAAUAUUACGAAUGGUGUUCGAGUUAGAUUACCCCAAACGAUCGUUCCAAUCGUUAUAUUAGCCUUUACAACUUUGGAAUUUAGUUUUAAUUGAAACCCUCACACAGAUUUUUUUUUUGUAUUGUAUUGUAUGGAUGAUAGGAUGCAAUUUAAUUAAAAUAACAUAUGAAUAACAAUGUUCUCAAGGAAGCCGUGUUCGAUCCUCCAAGUUAUAUUCUACAAUAAAUAGUAAUGAAACCAA